AGCGCCGGGAGCUACAGCGUCAGUAAGAAGAAAAAGGUGACGCCCUUCAACUACUCCCAGGGCAUCGGCAUGGAGGUCACGAGUGAGAGUAAAAUGGUGUCCUCCGAUUUCAGCACAGGGCCUGCGGAAAGAGCCGCCAAGCCUUUGCAGUUUAAGGAUCCCAACUUUGUGCAUUCCGGCCACGGAGGUGCAGUGGCUGGCAAGAAGAACAGAACCUGGAAGAACCUGAAACAGAUUCUCGCUUCGGAAAGGGCAUUGCCGUGGCAACUGAACGACCCUAACUACUUCAGCGUUGAUGCUCCUCCAUCCUUUAAACCAGCCAAGAAGUACUCCGACGUCUCCGGUCUCCUUGCCUCCUACACAGACCCCCAGAGCAAGCUGCGGUUCAGCUCCAUCGAAGAGUUCUCCUACAUCCGGAGGCUGCCGUCCGACGUUGUCACUGGCUACCUGGCCCUGAGAAAGGCCACGAGCAUCGUCCCCUGAGCCCCGAGGGCUGCCACCACAUGGGAAAUAGUGGUUUCAAAGACUUCGGCCUCAGAGUUUUGUUUCACGGAAACACCAUUCAGCUGUCGGUCAGAAAGUGCCAGUGCUGGUCUUUGGAAAGAACGUUUGGCUUUAAUUUAAGGACUUUGUUUCUUUCCCCUGUCAGUUUGCCCUCCAACUGUGAUGUUAAAUUAUAUUUCACUUGUUGCCUCAAGUAAAGUUGUUUGACAAGAAAGUACAAGAAAAUUCAA